GCAUAUGAUGAUAUCCUCGGUUGAUUAGUUUUGGUUAAAUAGUUCACAACUAGGCACCUGCUAGAUCUACUUUUCAUCCUCAACUUCUCAGUCGAAAUCCUUUGAGAUUAAUUUCUUUUCACCGGUUCAUCAGCAGAGGAUAUUCGCCCAUAAUGGCAUCUCUAUUCGGCUUCGUACACCGUAACUGGUUGAUUUUUAAUCCACCCGAAGCAUCCAAGUCGGCCGCUCCACUUCGGUUCGGAAUACUUGGCGCUGCUGAUAUUGGGCCGAUGGCUCUUAUUCUUCCGGCGAAAUCCCAUCCAGAUGUUGUAGUUCAGACUGUAGCUGCUCGAGAUCCCAAGAAGGCGAAGGCGUAUGCUCAAAAGCAUGGCAUCCCAGAAGUAUCUGCUAACUACCAAGACCUACUGGAUAAUCCCAAUAUUGACUGCGUCUAUAUACCUUUGCCUAACGGAUUGCAUUUUGAGUGGGCACUUCGGGCCCUCAAAGCUGGAAAGCAUGUUCUACUGGAGAAGCCGUCAGUGAACAACGUAACAGAAGCCGAGGCUCUCUUUAAGAAUCCGAUCAUCAACGGCCCUAAAGCGCCAGUUCUACUUGAAGCUGCGCACUAUGCUUUCCAUCCAGCUUGGACUACCUUUAUGUCCUACGUAUCGCCCGCUAAUGUUUCCAGUGCGAAGGCGGUGUUAUGGGUCCCAUCUUGGAAAUUUUCUGCCGACGACAUCAGAUACCAGUAUGACCUAGGAGGAGGCGCACUCCUGGACCUUGGAGCAUACACAGCAAGCGCUCUUACUCGUGUGUUCGGCGUUGUGGCAGAGGAGUGCGAAGAAUGUCUCACCCAGGGAGCUCAAUUUGAUUCAAGAUGCGAUCAGCUUUUCAAGGCGCGUUAUCGGUUUCCAGGUGGCCGACGGGGAGAGAUGGAGGGAGAUUUGAAAGCGCCGUUUGAUCACCUGUCACCUAACCUUCACGUGGAACACAGCCCCAUAGUGGUAUCCAGUGCCGACGCAGGAGUUAAGGUACCCGAGGAUCAGGAAGUGGUUCGCAUACGGAAGAUCAAAUUCACAAAUUUCGUCAUGCCCUCAGUUUUCCAUUCUAUCCGUAUUGACGACGAGUUUCAAACGAGGAAGGCUGGUGACAAGUCCGGAAAGACCAUCAAGAAGUGGACGAAUAGCAAGACAAUUAAAGCCUACACGUUCAAAGAAGUUGGCAUCGACCAACCGGGCGAGCCAUCCUGGACGACUUACCGAUACCAGCUGGAGGAAUUUGUUAAUAAAGUCCACGGUAGUGAAGCAAGACAAUGGGUGAGUGGCGAGGACUCGAUGAAUACGGCGAAGAUGAUCGAUAUGGCUUAUACGGCCGCGAAGUUGCCAUUAAGACCUACGAGCAAGCUAGUAGAUGGUAACACAUAGAGAUUCGAGGGAAGGACUGUUGCUUCUAGGAUGUGUUAUUUAGGUACCUAAUGUUAGGGAGUAGAGACAUUCCUUUUGCUAAGUACUUGUUGAUCAAUGUUACUUGAUGUACGGAUUAAAGAAUUAUAUGAUUGUGACUUCACAAAAAUAGGAUGCGAGUUUCGAUAAGCACUACCUGCCUAGGUAGUUACCUAUCCCUUAUAUAGGUAUAUAGGUACACAUUACAAUCA